UAGUUGAGGGAUUUUGAUUUAGAUCGGCUCCGGAUCCCUCCACCACCGAUCCAGUCGAUUUCGAAUCGACCAAUUCCGGGAUGUUCUGCAACGAAGUUCGGGGAUUGUCAAGAUAUUGAGUGGAAGUUUUGAUUUGAUUUAGGUUCGAAAUUAGGAAUGAAAAGUCAAGCUUGGAGAUGGGUUUUAGGUUUGGUAUAUAUAUUUGCUGUUGCAACAAUAUGGAUUGCUGCUAGUUUUGUGGUUCAGUCAGUUGUAGAGGGGGGUGUUUCGCCGUUUCUCAUUACCUACAUUUGCAACUCAUUGUUUGUGGUUUACAUCCCAAUUGUUGAAUUAGGGCGAUAUUUGGAGGAUAGAUAUGGAAGUUUGUUGUUUUGGCGUAGUAGAGAUGAUGAUGAUGAUGAUGUUAAUUUGCAAGAAUUAGGAGAUGGGGAGGAGGCCAUUCUUCUUGGAGCGAAUGGUAUUGGUGGUCAAGCUAAUGGUUUGAAUCAAGGUGUAGUUGCGGAACAAGGUGAAGUGGACAAUACCCAUGAAGGAGUUGUUGUUUUGGAGCAGACUCCAGUUGGUGAAGAUGUUGUUAAUAUAGGAUUAGAUGCACAUGGACGUUGGACACGAACCAGAGUGGCAAUGGUUAGCCUGUUGAUUUGCCCCUUUUGGUUCCUGGCACAACUCACAUUUAAUCUCUCUCUCAAGUAUACUACAGUUACAUCAAAUACCAUCUUAAGCAGUGCCUCCAGCCUUUUCACCUUUUUGGUCUCUCUUGUAUUCUUGGGUGAGAAAUUUACUUGGGUGAAACUGAUUAGCGUUCUGCUUUGCAUGGGAGGAACAAUUAUUGUCAGCUUGGGUGACUCAGAAACUACCGGAUUAAGCGCAAUUGCUUCAAAUCCUCUUCUUGGAGACAUCCUUGCACUUCUGUCAGCAGCAUUUUAUGCUGCGUAUAUUACCCUAAUUCGUAAAAAUUUACCAGAUGAUGAUGAUGAUGGACGGAAUGGUCGUGCCAGUAUGGCUCAGUUCCUUGGUUUUUUGGGGUUGUUCAACCUCUUGAUUUUCCUACCUGUUGCCCUCUUACUCAAUUUUGCCAAGCUGGAGCCUUUUAAUACGCUUACCCUGAAGCAGUUUGGUCUAAUUGUUGGUAAAGGUCUGUUGGAUAAUGUGCUAAGCGACUACUUAUGGGCCAAGGCUAUUCUUCUUACAACCACCACAGUAGCAACAGCUGGACUUACAAUUCAGGUGCCGUUAGCAGCUGUUGUGGAUUCCUUGACGGGCAAUAUGCCUAAUUUCAUGGAUUUCGUUGGAGCUGCUGCUGUCAUGGUUGGUUUCGCAGGUAUUAAUAUUCCUGAAGACACCUUUUCAAGAUCAAAUGAAGCCAUUCUCGAAUUAGAAAACGGAAAUGUCAGUUCAACUGAUCAAGAUCGUCUUUCAUCAAGGUAAAAAGAUAGUCAUUGCUAGCAUGUUUUUGCUGGUGUUUUAGAAGUCAUUUCAGAUGGGAAUCCUAUGAAUGUACCAUAUCCUAUUCUUUACAGCAGUUACUGAGAAGUAUAUCAACAUUCUGAUUCUUUAACCUUGGUUUGAGCGACUUACCAAGAUUAUAAAGGGCUAAAGCAUUCCAGUGCUCCAUGUUAACCACUUCAUAAAGGAAAUACCUUGAUUGGCUUAGUGUUAUGUGUGUGCACCAACUGCAUACAUAUGACUUCAUGUUAUCCAAUGCUGACUAAAUCCUCAGUUUCUGACUGCAAAUUGUCUGUUUCUUUGACAUUUUACGCUGUAUUUUUGAAUAUAUGAUCUAGCUUUUGGAGUUUGUUCUCAUAUUG